AUGCCGUUUAAACGACUACCUUCUAAUGCCUCGAUUCGACAACAUCGACUAGCGGAACCCGGCGUUUGUCUAGUUUGCGGUGACCAAGCAAGUGUUGUCAACUAUGGCGCACUUUCAUGUUGGUCUUGUCGUACAUUCUUUCGUCGACACGGCUUUCGUAUAAAGAACACUCUCGUAUGUUAUUAUGCAAAAAACUGUUCAAUCACGAUCGAAACGAGGAAGCUCUGUACAACUUGUCGAUUACGAAAAUGUCUAGCAGUGGGUAUGAGCCCAGAUUUUAUUCGCAAAGAAGAUCUUCAUGACAAACUGCGAUUAUCAAAAAGACGUAAACAAAAACUAUUAGCACAAGGUUCUAUCACUCUUCCACAGCCAUGGUCAUUGAACCUCUUAUCCAAAGAUCAAUCAAGUCUUACAUCAACAAAUUGGCAAUUGCUUUCCAAUGUUGUUCAUGCCUUUGAUAGCUACCAAUGUAUACCAAUCGCCAAAGAUAUUGUCAAAGUGGCCAGUGAUACAUAUCCACCCUCAACAGAUAGAGCCUUGGAUUUGAUGACUAUCAUUUAUACCUCAUUACAAUCGUUCAUUGAAUGUAUUGCUGAUUUUCGCGUGAUGACAAGUGAGGAGCAACGUUCAUUAUUUCAUCGUAAUAUGCAAGGUUUAUUAGCCUUCUAUUGCGUUCUUUUGUUUCGCGAAGCGGGAAUAUUUCGUAACCACAUGUCUGAGAAUACACUCGUACCUCUAUACGGUUACAACAAUGUUCAACGUACAAAAUAUAUCAGUAACUUACUUGAUUACGAUCUCACACUGGUUAAAUUAGCGCUGACUGCUCUGACGUUUUCAUCGAACUGUUAUAUGACUAGUGUAGAACAAAUGGGAUCUUACAGAGAUUGUUUAUUGUAUGGCACAUUCCGUUUAUUUGGCAGUCAAAAUGUUUAUGCCGAACUCUUAUGGCGUUAUAUGCUUUACAAGUAUGAUUUUUCUCAAGCGGUACGACGUUUCGAUGCUUUGAUCAAAGCUUCAGUCGAUUCUCUUACUCUUUCAUCGAAUAUCUACGAAAGUAACAGAACUCAUCAGGACUUCGCCGAUGAACUUGCUCUAAGAACUGAAUUUUCAUUACAAUUAAAUGAAACUAAAGACACACCACUAUGGGGUAAAAAAACAGAAUUCAAUAUCAUCUAG